AACUUGUUCGCGUCCAUAAACGUGUCUUCCACUGUCACGCGUCUUCUUCUCAACUCGCCACAUGCACUUCCUCCCGCCUUUUUUAACCGACACGCUCAUCCACUUACCUUAAACCCUAAGCUUUCCUUAUAUAAAAACCUUAAAACCCCUCUCUAGAUCUUCAUAUCUACACACUCUAACCAAUACACACAUAUUUAAUUAAUCAAAUUACAAUCUUCACAUACGCACAACACCAUGUCUUCUUUGUACCCGUCUAUAGACUCUCAAGAAGUUGCCGAAAAACUGUUCCCGGAAACCGAUUCCGACGUCCCCAUUCAUCGCGAUUCCGGCGAGAACCCGCCGGCGUUUGAGUCGUCAGAGGAGAUUCUGAUUAAAAUCCCCGGUGCGAUUGUUCAUUUGAUUGAUAAGAAGCGGAGUGUUCAACUUGCCUCUGGUGAAUUAAACAUUGUCAGGCUUCGACAGGGUGAUAAUGUCGUAGCGGUUCUUGCUAGGGUCGGAGAUGAAGUUCAGUGGCCGUUGGCGAAGGAUGAGCCGGCGGUUAAGCUUAAUGGGUCCCACUACUUCUUUUCUCUUAGGGUUCCUGAGGAGGAGAAGGGAGAUGGGGAGGAGUUGUUGAAUUACGGGCUGAGUAUUGCGGCGAAAGGGCAGGAGGAUUUGUUGAGAGAAUUCGAUGGGAUUUUGGAGAGUUGUAGUGCGUUUUCUGUGAAGGAAGUGAAGGGGGAAGUGGUUUGGGGGGAAUUGGGGAAUGAGGUGUCUCCGGGGGAGAUGGCGGUGGAUGGGGUGAAGAAGGAGGAGAUGGAGAGGAAUUCGGGGGCGUUUUGGACUGCGUUGGCUCCGAAUGUGGAGGACUAUAGUGGGAGUGUGGCGAGGAUGAUUGCGGCAGGGUCAGGGCAAGUGAUUAAGGGGAUUUUGUGGUGUGGGGAUUUGACUGUUGGUGGGAUGAAGUGGGGUGAUGAGUAUUGUAGGAAGAGGAUGGGGCCGAGGUCCGAUUCCGAUAUUAGUCCACAGACAUUGAGGAGGAUGAAAAGGGUCAAGAAAUUGACAAAGAUGUCGGAAGAUGUGGCGACUGCACUUCUUUCUGGAGCAGUAAAAGUCUCAGGGUUCUUUACGAGUCCAAUUGUCAACUCCAAACUUGGCAAGAAGUUCUUCAACCUCCUCCCUGGGGAAAUUGUGCUUGCCUCAUUGGAUGGAUUUAAUAAGGUAUUUGAUGCUGUUGAAGUAGCUGGAAGAAAUGUGAUGUCCACAACUUCAGUUGUUACAACCGGGCUCGUUACUGAUAGGUACGGAGAUGAAGCCGCAAAGGUUACGAGUGAAGGACUAGAUGCUGCAGGGCAUGCAAUCGGGACGGCUUGGGCGGUGUUCAAGAUCAGAAAAGCUCUCAACCCCAAAAGUUUCAUGAAUCCAACUAAUCUAGCUAAAGCUGCUGCUCGGGCCAAUUCUAGUGACUUACAAGCUAAAUAUAAGAAAUCAACCUAGAUGUUGUAUUCUGUCUACCCUUCAGUUUGUUGCAAAGAUGUUGUAGUCUGUUUCUUGUAUGAUAACUUUUCGUAUUGUAGGUCU